AUGCGUGCCAGCUUCGUCGCGUGGUCCUCCCAAGCCCUCCUGCUCCUCACAGUGAUCACAUCUCUGAUAUCGCCAGCGCUCGCAACACCACUGCCGUCAUCCGCCUCUAGCACCGUUCAUAUUUUUGUUCUUCCAGCCUCGGAGCCGUCGAGACCGAAGGCGAUCAUCCGCCCCGAAGGAGAUACACGCAGAUUUACACUGGUCGCGUUGAGCGACCUGCCGGAGGUUCAGUCGCACAACAGCAACAUUUGGCACUCUUUGCGGGCGCUUGUCGCCAUCUUCAGCCCCUCAUACUCCUCUUGGCCUCUCGGUUCUUCCCCUUCCGCUUCUGCCUUCUCUAGCGCACGACAGCUGAUUGGCGGACCUGACGCGACCGUGAACACGCAUUCCAUGCCCCCGAACCUCCAAUUCGACCGAAUUCAUAUUCAAAACCGAUACGAAACAGCGCACCUUCUUGAUGUUGCACUUGAACGCCAGAUCGCUGCCCUGGAAAUCGCGAGGGAGGCAGAUGGCGAACAUCCAGAACUUGAACCCACCGACGACGUGACAGAGCCUCCCUUGCCGCGUCGUUCAAAGCGCGUCAAACUAGAAGCUGAAUGCGAACCCGACAUAGAGGAACUGGAGGUUGGUCUACACGUCACGAAGCAGUGGACAGCAGCGUCAGUUUCCAGCAAGUCGAAGAGGGAGAGGUCCAAAACGUCGACACGUAUACCCCAGGCCUCACAGAAGCCUCACCCGGAACCACCAAACUGGAGGGCAACGUACGCCGCUAUUAAGAAAUUGAGGGCUCGUAUUGAAGCGCCUGUCGACACGAUGGGGUAG